GGUACCUUACCAUCAAAGCUAAACCUGUGAUGGUUUUUUAUUUCUUGCAAUUUAUUUUUGUAGGGGUGCUAAAUUAGAAUAAAAACUAGAAGUAUGGAAUUAGAACCAGUAUCAAAAAAUAAAUUGCUGACCAGAUUGCACCGACUUUGAUUUAUGGAAAUGAAUAGAACAGAAGAAGAGAUUCACGAAAGAAACAAUGACCAACUUUCUGUUAACGAUUUGCUGGGUCAGAUGAAAACACAAUUUAACAAAUCGGAGACAAUUGAUCAAUCGGACGAGCAAGCAAGUAAUACAGAAAAUAAUUCUCAAGUGAAUGCAGAUCUAAAAGAAUUUGAGAACUUUGAGAAAUUUAUCCUGGAAUCCACAAAUGGGAAUGCUCCAGAAAAUAUUGAACCCAGAACAGCAGAGAUACAAGUUUCCAAUCACUAUAAAGAAGAUGCUUUAAUAAAAAAAGAACUUAGAUCACCAGAUCCUGUCCUUAUUUAUAAAAAAAAAGUAGAGAUGAAAGAUAGUAAUAAAUCUACAUUGAAACGAUCCUCAAGGCGGAGAUCUACCAAAGGAAGUGGGUCGAUUCUGCAGAGUGCUAUAGCCCGCAAGGAGAAAUCUUACAUUGACUGCAGUAAACCACAACGUCUGACAAAACGGAUAAGAUCCAAAAUUAAAGUUGUGGAGGAAAGAUCAAGAAGAAACUUGGUUACCAAAAGACUUAAAAGCGGCAAGACUGUUAAAAACUUUAAAUCAUUCAGCGACAACGAAACGGAAACAGAUUAUAAUGAAAGUCAUUCUCAACAAUUGGAGCCAAAUUUAAGGAGGUCUGAAAGAAUUUCAUCAAGUGACAGUAAAGAUGAAAAAACUAAAUCCAUUAAAGAAUUGUCCCUGACGAAGGAUCCUGACCUUGAAAAGAAAAUCUCAAUAUCAGAAGAGUUUCUCAAAUCUAGGUUAUGUCGUUGUACAGAGAAUAAUAAUUUAUUUAUGAAUACAGCAGAAAAUGAAUCUGCAUACUGCACGGCCAUUGACAGUAUUGACGACAAGCUAAUAGGCUGUAGUAAACUGGUAGAUUGUCUCUCAACACCCAUAUUGCGCCCUUCUCAGAGGGUACCCUAUGGACUGCUAUGUGAUUUACAUAAGAAUAGACUGAUUAGGCACAAUUGUUGUCCCACUUGUGGAAUUUUUUGCACUCAGGGUCAAUUUAUGGAAUGCGAAUUGAAGCACCAGUAUCACAAAGACUGUCGGCUGAGUGUGGGUCAGUCGGAACGUUGUCCGCACUGUGGAUCUUUCGCGCCAUGCACCGAAAUUUUUAUCACAAUGCACACAACUAAAAAACCCAUAUUUUUGCCCACACAAAGAUCUCACGACUCCUCCUCCAAAAUGUCAUUCGAACCUAGCAGAGCGUCUCCACCCAAGACGGAUGAUGUUCCCGAUACUUUGCAGCUUUCGUUAAUGGACUGCAGCCAAAACGAUUGCAACGAACAAGAUCUCCUCGAAGCCAUCGCUGACGGCGACGAAGGCAAAGUUAUUGCAACUAUAGAAAAAGGAUCGAUCGACGUCAAUUCAAAGUUUCCGGAAUUGAAUGAUGGGACACUCUUACAUUUUGCUUCACGCAGAGGCAACAAAGCGAUCGUUGAUUUAUUGAUUUCGGCACGAAUUGAAAUCGACGUGUUCGACCAGGAGCAAAACACGGCGCUGAUGCUGGCGAUCGUGGAGCGCAACAACGACAUUGCGCAGUAUCUGAUACAGGCCGGAGCAGACAUAACCUUAAAGGGAACGGACGGCAUGACGGCCCUUCACGUAGCUGCGAAGUGCGGCAACACGGAAGCCUGCGAACUAUUGCUGCGAGCUGGUUUCGGUAUUCGAAACUUCGUCAACUUUCAGGACGACGGCGGGUGGACGCCUUUAGUUUGGGCGUGCGAAAAUGGUCACGCUGACGCCGUCAAAUAUCUAAUGUUGAAUGGGGCGGACGUGCUAUUGAGGGACGUGGAACAGAAUUCGGCGAUUCACUGGGCCGCAUUCGGUGGCAGCACUGAAAUAGUAGAACUGCUUUUGAACUGGGGAUGCGACGUCGACGCUAUGAACGUUCAUGGCGACACUCCGCUGCACUUGAGCGCGCGGGAGGACAAAUCGGAAUGUGUCACCCUUCUUCUGUCGAGGAGAGCAAACGUAAUCCUGACCAACAAAAACAACGAGACCCCAUUAGAAUGCGUUCCCCGAGACGGGUCAAGUUACAACGCUAUAGCUUUAAACGUUCGUUUACAGCCUAGUUUUCCGAAAAAGUCUCCACUCUUGACAAACGACAUCUCGCGGGGUAGAGAACAAAAUCCGAUUCAAUGCGUGAACGAAGUCGACGACGAAUGCGAGCCUAGAGACUAUUUUUACGUACGAAAAAUUUGUUCAUCCUCUCCCAACGUUACAGUGGACACGAACAUGGCGAAGGUUCAGUUGUGUUCGUGUGAAGAUCGGUGUAUGUCUACCGAAUGCAAUUGUAGCAGACUUUCGACGCAUAGAUGGUAUGAAGCGGAUGGAAAGUUGAUACCAGAGUUUAAUUUUGUCGACGCGCCACUAAUCUUUGAAUGCAACGAACUAUGCUCGUGUAACGCCAUAACGUGCGUUAACAGAGUACUGCAAAAAGGGUCGACGCACCGGUUUCAACUGUUCAAAACUGCCGCCAAAGGGUGGGGUGUAAAGACCCUUAAUGCGAUUUCCAAAGGCAGUUACGUGUGCGAAUACGUUGGCGAAAUCCUAACCGACAAGGAAGCUGACCGCAGGGAAGACGACACUUACUUAUUUGACCUUGACAAUAGGGAGAACGAUUCGUUUUGCGUAGAUGCCAAGUUUUACGGCAACGUUGCCCGGUUCGUAAACCAUUCCUGUAAUCCGAAUUUGCACUCGAUCAAAGUUUUCGUGGAUCAUCAAGACAACAGGUUUCCUCGAAUCGGUCUGUUCGCCAAAUGCGACAUCAUGGCUGGAGAGGAGCUCAGCUUUGAUUACGGCGACAAGUUCUGGUUAGUGAAAUACAAAUUGUUUACUUGUGAAUGUGGCGCAAGUAACUGUAAGUAUUCAAGCGAAGCAAUACAGGCAACUUUGGAGAAAUAUCUCGAAUCUUCCUAGGAAUGUAGCUCCGUAUGAUUAUUAUGUAGUCAUAUCAAUCAUGGUUACCUCGCCUAAUUUGAUUUGAAAUUACAUUGAUUUUUUAGGCGGAAAAUCACUGUCUCCAUAAAAUAAGUAUCCAUAUCACAUAGGGCUUAAGCUUAAGCCAAAAAAACGACAAAAAGCAUAGACUCAGUACAAAUAGGGGACUUGUUUUAAGUAUCUAGUCAUUUUUUCAUGUUUACUUUUUAUAUUGUUUUUACUCCAGUAAAUGUUUAUACUCUGGACCGUGGUUUUUUUUAUUGU